CUCCGACACAACAGCCGACCAGUGCAGCGCAUGUCUCGGCUCUAGCUGAUGUCCAGGGCUCCCCUGCCUGGCUGCUGUCAAACGCCGCCCAUCUGCAUGGAGCCCCAGCUGGCUGCAGGUUUGUUUACUUCAUUCAACCAAAGACAGUGGCUUCAGCGAAGUGACGCUGUUGCUCACAAUAACAGGCGACUGAACAAUCCAGCCAAACGCAGCCGGAUAACCCAAAGUACAGAGCUAACAGUAAGUUGCCAAGCUAAUCUCAUGAUGGCAGGAGAUAUGCGACAGGACAAGAGAGCCAACUUCUCUGCUCUGACCGAGCACAACACCAACGGGGUGGCCAGGAGCUCCGCCGUGGCCUCCAGCAAAACCGGCGCUUCAAAGAAACUAGUCAUCAAAAAUUUCAAAGACAGGCCCAAACUAGCCGAGAACUACACUGAGGACACGUGGCUGAAGCUGCGAGAUGCAGUGGGUGCCAUCCAGAACAGCACCUCCAUCAAGUACAAUCUAGAAGAGCUCUAUCAGGCGGUGGAGAAUCUGUGCUCAUAUAAAGUGUCUCCCACGCUGUACAAGCAGCUGCGGCAGGUCUGUGAAGACCAUGUGCAGGCCCAGAUCCACCAGUUCAGAGAAGAGUCCUUGGACAGCCUGUCUUUCCUGAAGAGGAUGAAUCGCUGCUGGCAGGACCACUGCAGGCAAACUAUCAUGAUCCGGAGUAUAUUUCUUUUCCUGGAUCGUACCUAUGUGCUGCAGAACUCCCUGCUCCCCUCCAUCUGGGACACAGGGUUAGAGCUGUUUCGUACCCACAUCGUGAAUGACAGCGGCGUUCAGAAGCGCACAGUCGACGGCAUUUUGGAGCAGAUAGAGCUGGAGCGCAAUGGAGAGACAGUAGACCGCAGUCUGCUCAGGAGCCUGCUGGGCAUGCUGUCAGACCUGCAGGUUUAUAAAGACUCGUUUGAGGAGAGAUUUCUGGUUGAGACCAAUCGUCUGUACGCAGCAGAAGGACAGAGGCUGAUGCAGGAAAGAGAUGUACCGGAGUACCUGCAUCACGUGGCUCAUCGGUUGGAGGAGGAGAACGAUCGGGUCAUGAGCUACCUCGACCAGAGCACUCAGAAACCACUUAUUAACUGUGUUGAGAAACAACUUUUAGGAGAACACAUGACAGCAAUACUACAAAAGGGUCUUAGUACCCUGUUGGAUGAGAACCGUGUGACUGAGCUGGCCCUCCUGUACCAGCUCUUCAGUAAGGUGAAGGGAGGACUCCCCACGCUGCUCCAGUUCUGGAGGGAUUACAUCAAGACUUUCGGAGGAGAGAUUGUAGGCACACCAGAAAAGGACAAAGAUAUGGUGCAAGACCUGCUGGACUUCAAGGACAAGAUGGACAAUGUGGCACAGGGCUGUUUUGCACGCAAUGAGAGUUUCAUCAAUGCUAUGAAAGAAGCCUUUGAGACCUUUAUCAACAAGCGCCCCAACAAACCUGCUGAGCUCAUUGCUAAAUAUGUGGACUCCAAGCUCAGGGCAGGGAACAAGGAGGCUACAGAAGAGGAGCUGGAGAGAAUUCUGGACAAGAUUAUGAUAAUCUUCCGUUUCAUUCAUGGAAAAGAUGUGUUUGAGGCGUUUUAUAAGAAAGAUUUGGCCAAGCGACUGCUGGUUGGCAAGAGCGCCUCUGUCGAUGCUGAGAAGUCCAUGCUUUCCAAGCUCAAGCACGAGUGCGGAGCAGCAUUUACCAGUAAACUAGAAGGGAUGUUUAAGGACAUGGAACUGUCCAAAGACAUCAUGAUCCAGUUCAAACAGUACACACAGAACCAGAGUGAGCCCAGCAACAUAGAGCUGACUGUCAACAUCCUCACAAUGGGCUACUGGCCAUCAUACACACCCAUGGAGGUCCACUUGCCUGCAGAGAUGGUAAAACUCCAGGAAGUAUUUAAGCUCUUCUAUCUUGGUAAGCACAGUGGAAGGAAGCUGCAGUGGCAGCCCACACUGGGCCACGCUGUGCUCAAGACAGAGUUCAAAGAGGGCAAAAAGGAGCUGCAGGUCUCUCUGUUCCAGACGCUGGUUCUGUUAAUGUUCAAUGAGGGAGAGGAAUUCAGUGUGGAGGAGAUUCGCACCGCCACUGGCAUAGAGGAAGGGGAGCUCAGGCGUACAUUGCAGUCCCUAGCCUGCGGGAAAGCACGCGUCCUCAAUAAGAACCCACGGGGGAAAGACGUGGAAGAUGGAGACCGUUUUAAUUUCAACAAUGACUUUAAACACAAACUGUUCCGCAUCAAGAUCAACCAGAUCCAGAUGAAGGAAACGGUGGAGGAACAGGUGAGCACCACAGAGCGUGUGUUCCAAGACCGGCAGUAUCAGAUUGACGCAGCUGUGGUGCGCAUCAUGAAGAUGAGGAAGACCCUUAGCCACAAUCUGCUGGUAUCGGAGCUCUAUAACCAGCUGAAGUUCCCUGUCAAGCCGGGUGAUCUAAAGAAGCGGAUCGAGUCGCUCAUAGACAGAGACUACAUGGAGCGUGACAAGGAGACACCUAACCAGUACCACUAUGUUGCCUGAGGGGGCGCCGCUGUCUUGUCAUGCUUUCCUCAUGGCGAGCUUAGAGCUGGCUCCCGAAACAGCAUACAGCCCUUCAGCCACCCGACUCUCCUCUGGUGCCCAUCUUCUUCUCCAUCCAUGAUCCUGGACCCAGAGUCCAGGUCAGCCACAGCUCCAGACGGACAAGAGACUUGGCUGCACUGUGUUCACUCUGAGCGUUACCUUCAGCGGGACUCUGAGCACAGCUGGUCUGAGAUGGGGUUGGAGGAGUGGCCCGGGUUGUUGAUGGUCGGUUGAUGUGACUUGCAGAUCUUUUAACGCAAAACUCAACUGAAAAUAACUAGCACUUUUCCCAUGAUUUCUUUUCUUUUUUCUCUUCUUUUUUUUUUUUCUUGGAGUUUCUUUUUUUGUCUUCAUCACUUUGGUCUAAAAUCUUUUUUUUUCUGCUGUAGUUGGUUUGUCUUGAUGUUGAAGAAGGCUGUUUUUUAGUUCUUAUGGCCACCUACAUCAUUGAUUUGUAACCCUGGCUGGUAGUUAUCGCUUGAUUUGCAAAGCAGUUGUUGAGGGCAGCAAGUCAUGCGCAAGGGCAAGAAGCUUAGUGACUUCAGAAAGAUGAAGUUGGGCAGAGGGAGGAUUCAUUUUUUGGGAUGCAACAGCUAAAAAGAAAACACAUGGACAAACCAUUUGGGUAUUCCUUUAGAUAUCAUAUAUUUUGACCAAAAUGUCCAGUGUCUUGUGCUGAUUUUUUUUUUUUUUUUUUUUUUUUUUUUUUUUUGUAGGUCAGAUUGUAUUCUUUGUAAGAGUGAGAAAAGUGAACCUGAAUAAAUGGAUAUUUAAUGAGUCAGUUGCUGAUUGGCAGAUGAUCAGUGAGUCAAGCUGUAUUGAGUUAUGAGUUGGGACUUUUUUUUCUUUCUUUUUCUUUUUUAAGAAUGACUCAUUUGUCAGUCAAUGUGUGAAUGAUUUCCCCCACUGUGGUUUGUGUGCUAUGUUCUUCAUGCUGACAGUUUAAGGCCACAUAAUGGCCUAAUUUGAUUUCUUCCCAUCAAUUUGAGUAAAUAUUUAAAACAACAAAUUAUUGCGGGUGGAACAAGGGCAGCUCAAACCCUUGUGUGUAACAAAGGGAGGAUGUGUGUGUCUGGUAUGCAGCUGUUCAUAGCUGAGUAACAUCAAAUUCAAGCAACAAAAUUUGGAAGUCGCUUAGACUAUACAGUGUUAAACAUUACAGCCCCAAAGCUUCCCUUUCACAGUUUGUAUCACUCAGGCUGAAUGAUUGAGAAAGUGGGUUGUCUUUCCUUGAAUUUGAUGUUAUCAGAAAGGCUUUACUCAUAACAAAGGUCUGUAUUCCAAACACUGUUUCUCUCCUUGUAUGUUAUGUAUUUGGAGUUGUGAGCAGUCCUUUGCUUAGCAUCUGAGCUCCUCUCUGUCACCAUUUGUCGAUCCUUCUGGGGUAAAACAAGUAGGUCAGAAGUCAAAGCCAAACCAUGUAGCUGAAGGAAGUGGUAUUCAGUUCUUUACAGGUCCCUCCCUUGCAUGACACUGAAACAAAAGUGAUUUGGGCGGGAAUGUUAUAAGUACUGCAUUGAGCCAUACACACACACAGCCCUCCAUCUGUUAUCACUGAUGUCAACAAAUUGGAGCCAUUAGUUUUUGUUAUGGGCUGUAAUAACUAUGUUAGGAACUUCCUGGGCUUAUGUUUGGUCUGUAGAACAGAUAUGUGUUUUAAUCUUUUACGCACAAGGUCAAGGUCAACCUGUGGCUUUACAGCAGCUCCUAGCAGGCAUCAAGAGAUGAAUUUGGAUAAAUAUGUAUGCGUUUAUGCUUUUAAAUCUGAAGUUGUUUAACAGUCAAACUGAAAAUGAAAAUGCAUCUCUGCAUACUUUCACUAUCACAGCAAGGAAUUUUCACCUAUCAUAUAAUUGAACUACUGGGUCUAAAGCAAACAUGAUAAUAAAGUAAUAAUAAAUUUAUUUCACUGUA